CUUCUUUUUGGAUUUGGCCCUUGUUUCUGCGCCUCGCCUCGGCCUUGGGUCGCGGCAUGAGAGCUCUGUCGCGACCUGGGCCGGCUCAUCCUGCCCCCUCGGCCGGUGCGGUGGCGCCGCCGCGGACCAGACUCCGCCGUCGCAGUGCUUCCCGCGCGCAGCGUCUCUGCCGCGGCAUGUUGCUUCGCUUGUAGCCGCAAGCGAGCCGCAGGGUCGGGGCGAGGCGUUGCUUGGAGGGCAAGCGGGCGGAGCAUGAGGCAGCGCAUAGAGCAUGUCGCGUGGGCUGGCCGCCGCGGCUUGCGCUCUGCCGGCUGCUGCUCGCGCGGCGGCGGCCGGGCGGCUGCAUCUUGCUGCGGCUCGUGCACGCGCGGCGAAAGCGCCACGCCGCCACUAACGUCUGCCAACGGCACCCCCUGGAGCACGCGCACGCCGCUUCUGGCGUCGCCGCACUCGCCUCCCCGAGCGUGCAGAGCGGCAGAGCAGCGUCGAGCGGUGCGCCUGCCGGCGCCAGCUGCCGUGCCGGCCGCAUACGAGGUGCGAGCUGCUCGCCCGGCCGGCUGCUGGACGCCGAGCCGGAGGGUGGCCUCGCGCUGCGUCCAGCACCCGCGCUGCGCUCUGCUGCAGCGUUCAUCCGAUGUCUCGCCCGUGGCCGCAAGCAGGGCGCACAGAGCUCGCAGCGUGCGGUUGCCCUCGCCUCCCACGCUCGGCGUAGGUCCGCCCACGGCUGCCGUCGGCUGGAGGGUCCGCGGAGGCGCGCUCGCUCGCUCGCUGUGGGAGCGCCGGCCGCUCGGCUGUGCGUCCGCCGCUGGUCGUCUUCGCGAGAGUGUUCCGCACCGCAUGUGGUUGGGCUCGUCGGACGUGUGGGAGCCAUGCCUUGCUUUCGCUACGCCCAUGCGGCGCCUGCCUUGCUGCCGGAGAGCCGCUGCUGCCCCUGCAUUGCUGACUUGGCGCCCUCGACAGGCCAACAACGCUCGUCCAUAUGCUGCGCUAGCGGAGUAUGCCCGGCUGCUGCGAGCAACGAUUGGGCGUGGGUGCCUGGCCCAACCGCCGCUUGCAGGCUUCCACGGCGGCCGAUCGACUAAGCACAUCCACGAGAGCAGCCUUGAUCCUCAUCCGGCGCCGCUGCGUCGACCAGGCACCGCGACGGUGCGGCCACCUCGCCCGGCGCUAGCCUCGGACCAGAGCGUUGCCUUGCGGCACUCCCACGCCUGCCACAUGCGCCCCAAGCGUCUGCUCUGGGCGCAUGAGCCUCGGCACAACGCAAGCAGCGCCCCUUGCAACCCUGGCCAAGUGCAGCGCCCGCAUCGGCCAGCCGUCGGAUCGCUUCUGGCCCGGACACUCCGCCGUGCCGUCCGCUUGCCGAUCAGCUCGGCCAGCGAUGCAGCACACGGCCGUGCGGGUCCCGGCCGUCGACCUGUCGAUUCCGCACCGCAUUCGCUCGCCUGCCUGUCAUGCCCCUGCAGCCUUGUUGCAGGGUGCUUGCAGCACCGCCGCAGCUCCGUCGAGCUGCGCCUUGUUCGCCGCAGUUUUGCCGCACCGCCCUCGCAACUCGUCCAGUGCGUGUGGGCCCUUGACACCGCCCGCACUGGCCGUCGUCCAGGCGUCGCAGCAUGCAGGUGCACUGUCACGCCCAAUGCGUUGCAUGAAUCACGGGGACCAUGCGCAGCGAGAGGAGCACGGCACCCCAGGGCAGCAGGGUGCACCGCCGCUGGGCACCUCGGCUGUGCCCUCCGCCGAGCCCUCGUCGCUCCUCGUCGCUGCGGCGUCCUGGGCCUAUAAGACGAGGCCCCUCGUCGAGCCCCAGAAGCAGCUCCCCAGGCUCCCUCCCUCCCCCUCCUCCCCUCAAGCCCCUCCCCUCCGGCUCCUCCUCUUCCACUUCUUCCGGCUCGG